GGACUGAUGAAAUGUAGGAAAUCUGUUUCUGGCAGGGGGAAAAAUCGUUUUCCCAAACAGCACCAAGAGGAGCCAUCAGAGAAGUAUGAAGAGGGGCAGUGCGGCUAUAGCUGCUGCCUCUGCCGCCGGGCUGGUGGGGUGCGGAGAGCGGCUGCUGCAGGACCUGCUCCGGGAGGGGGCCUGGCCCGAGACGCUGCAGGAGCCGAGCCGGGAGCCCCGGCGCCGCUGAGAGCCGCCAGCAGCCAGCUCCGGACGCGGGGGUAUUACAAGUGGAUAAAUAAUGUGCACUGCUCUGAGCCCAAAGGUACGCGGUGGACCUGGCCUCUCUGAUAUGCAUCAGUACAGCCAAUGGCUGGCCAGCAGACAUGAAGCUAAUUUGCUGCCGAUGAAAGAAGAUCUGGCCUUGUGGUUAACCAAUCUAUUAGGGAAGGAGAUUACGGCAGAAACGUUUAUGGAGAAAUUGGACAAUGGUGCCUUACUCUGUCAACUUGCAGAAACUGUUCAGGAGAAAUUCAAAGAGAGUAUGGAUGCUAAUAAGCCCACCAAGAAUCUGCCAUUGAAGAAGAUUCCCUGCAAAACCAGUGCACCCUCAGGCUCCUUUUUUGCCCGAGACAAUACUGCAAAUUUCUUAUCCUGGUGCCGAGAUUUAGGGGUUGAUGAAACAUGUCUAUUUGAAUCAGAAGGUUUGGUCCUCCACAAGCAACCCAGGGAAGUGUGUCUCUGUUUGCUGGAGCUGGGCCGGAUUGCAGCCAGGUAUGGUGUGGAGCCUCCUGGUUUGAUAAAAUUGGAAAAAGAGAUUGAACAAGAAGAAACACUUUCCGCCCCUUCUCCUUCGCCCUCCCCUUCAUCAAAGUCUUCUGGAAAAAAGAGUACAGGAAACUUACUGGAUGAUGCAGUGAAAAGGAUUUCUGAGGAUCCUCCUUGCAAAUGCCCAAACAAAUUCUGUGUGGAGAGGCUCUCUCAAGGAAGAUACCGAGUGGGAGAAAAGAUCCUCUUCAUUAGGGGUCUUCAUGGUUGUUACUAUGUCUCCACAGCCAAAGCAAAGCAGACAUUUAAGAUGCUGCACAACAAACAUGUCAUGGUCCGCGUGGGAGGAGGAUGGGAAACUUUUGCAGGGUAUUUGUUGAAACAUGACCCCUGCCGGAUGCUGCAGAUCUCCCGCGUGGAUGGCAAAACAUCUCCCAUCCAGAGCAAAUCUCCGACCCUUAAGGACAUGAAUCCAGAUAAUUACCUGGUGGUCUCUGCCAAUUACAAGGCUAAGAAGGAGAUUAAGUGAAACUAGUUGGUCAUGACAAGGGGACUCUCGUAAUGGCCUGUAUCCACUUCUCCAGUGUAGUCAGUUUAGUUCCCAGGCUCUGAAAAUUGCUGAAAAAGGUGUAACACACAGGAAGAUGCCGUCAUAUUUGAAAAACAUUCAAAGAGUAGCACUAUUUAUUUUAAUGCUUGUGUAGAAAAUGACCUAUGAAAAGAAAUUCUAAAUUCAGAUUUAGAUUAGAUAAAUUCAUAGGCAAAUGAUUACUUCUCAAUAGGUGAACACAAAUGUUUAGAAUACAGUAUUAGAAAUACAAAUCUAGCUAAAGAUAAAAACUGUUACUAGAAGAAAAUAUGUAGGAUUUACAAAUAAGGAAAACAGAAAGUGCCUGCUUUAUGUCUUCAGAGUAAAAGAACCCCAGAUAUUUUUAUAAUUUCAGGAUUUUUAAGCUAAUUUUUAAAAAGUGACAAUUAGUGUAAUAAUGUGCUACUAAAAAUAUCCAACCACACUAUAAAUAAGUACAGAGUAUUCACAACAGUAAUACUUUCCUGGAAAGGCCACUUCAGAAAAGUUUACAUUCACUUGGAAGGUUGCCUUAAAGUUAUUCUCUUAUCUAUGACCAAAUAUCUGGGGUACUUUUGGAAGUUAUCAGUACACCCCUUAGAGAAUCACUAAUGAAUUGUCCCACACAUUCCUGAGAAACAGCUGUGUUGAGACUGAAAGUGUAAUUCACAUACAUAAGCUGACGUACGUUUCAAUUUUGACAGAGUAAAUUGUACAAAUGUUCAUUGACUUCAUGUUAUUUUAAAGCAUUCUUAUUGACUAUAUCUUUAGUUAAUCCUACUUUGCUAUGCUGUCUAGUGAAGUCAAUUCACUGUAGCUAAUAAUGUUACAGACUUAUGUAUACCCUUGUACACCUAGGACAGAGCUGUUUUGUACCCAUCAACAGCAAAUUAUUGU